GAGCGCAGCUAUUUUUUUUUUCUAGGGAAAUAUGGCAGCUCCCUUGAUUCUAGUACUGGUAGUAGCUGCAACUCUUAGAGCUGUGCUUUAUCGGUCUAACAUAGCUGAAUUUAUUUCUGAGAGAGUGGAGGUUGUAUCGCCGCUAAAUUCCUGGAAAAGAGUCGUUGAAGGCCUAUCUUUGUUGGAUCUGGAAGUUUCCCCAUACUCUGGAGACGUAUUUCAUGAAACUCCAUUCAUCAUUUAUCUCUUCCAUUUUCUUAUUGACUAUGCUGAAUUAGUAUUUAUGAUAACAGAUGGACUUACAGCUGUUGCACUGUAUUUUGCUGUUAAGAAUUACAACAAAAAUUUGUUUAAAAGACAGAAGCUAAUGAUUGAGUCAAGCAGAUAUGCAGCUGAUGUAGCAGAACUUAUGCGAACUCCUAUGCAGCUUCAGUACAUUCCACUCAAAGUGGCAUCUUUUUACCUCCUGAAUCCUUUCACAAUUCUGUCCUGUGUGGCUAAAUCGACAUGUGGUAUUACCAACGCCAUCAUUGCUCUCUGCAUUUUAACUACUGUACAUGGUAGUGCCUUUCUUAGUGCAAUAUUUCUGGCCUUGGCGACGUAUCAGUCACUUUAUCCACUUACAUUGUUUGCGCCAACAUUACUGUAUCUUCUGCAGAGACUGUACAUCCCAGUGAGGUUGAAGAGCAGGAUCUUUUGGAGUUACACUCUUCAGUAUGCCUUCAUGUAUCUGGGGAGCCUCCUGAUUAUAAUCUGUCUCUCCUUUUUCCUGCUGAAUUCUUGGGACUUCAUCCCGUCAGUUUAUGGGUUCAUUCUUUCUGUUCCAGAUUUGACACCCAACAUUGGAUUGUUCUGGUAUUUCUUUGCAGAGAUAUUUGAGCACUUCAGUCUGUUCUUCGUCUGCGUCUUCCAGAUUAAUGUCUUCUUCUACACUAUUCCAUUGGCUGUAAAAUUAAAACAGCAUCCGAUGUUCCUGAUGUUUGUUCAGCUUGCAAUAAUAUCUAUUUUUAAGUCCUACCCAACGGUGGGUGAUGUAGCAUUGUACAUGGCAUUUCUUCCUAUGUGGAGUCACCUUUACCGUUUUCUUCGGAACAUCUUUGUGGUAACCUGCAUGAUUAUCGUGUGCUCUAUGCUGUUUCCAGUACUGUGGCAUCUCUGGAUUUAUGCAGGAAGUGCCAACUCUAAUUUUUAUUAUGCCAUAACACUGGUUUUUAAUGUGGGUCAGAUUCUGCUGGUGUCAGAUUAUUUUUACGCCUUUCUUCGGAGAGAGCAUCAUCUUGUGCAUGGACUGUGCAUCAGAAAGAAGGACGGAACAGAAGCCACCCUUGUGCUGAAAUAGCAGCUAUUUUCAAGAGAAAAAGGAAGUUUUUCCGUGGUGACAAAACAAUCUACAAUUCCUUUAUUUUAUUUUCAGAAGGGAAAGCAUCUGAUAAAGCCACAGGAUACAAUAUGCUGUACUUUGAGUGACAUUUUUUUUUUUUUUUUUUUUUUUUUUUGUGGAAGUCACUUCCAGUUUGUUAUUCCUUUCUUGGUGACUGAAAAUGGACAGUAACAACCAUCAAGAUGCAGAUGCACAGUGAACAUAAUGAGGAAUGUACUUAAUACUUUGGAAGAGAACCAGGACUAAACUGUCGGAAAAGAAUACUGCAAAAAUUAAGCGAUGGCAAGCUCUGGAGCAUUAAUAGGCUUUUUUUCUUAGAAAAGAUCUUGGAGCUUGAUCAGGUAAAUUAUCCAAGUGAAUCCUCAGAUUUGGGGAUAUCUAAUGAAAAGGUACCACUCCAGAUGAGACAUCCAUCCUUCAUUGAACUUGUCUCUUUUGAUUAUAAAAUCCAUAUUAAUUCUAGAUUUUCAUUGAUGGCCUCCACCCAAGCAUUUACCCUCCAACUAUUACCAAGUACUCCAGCUUUGCUGUUGCUGUCACCAAAUGGUGUUGCUCAGGCAUCAUCAGAGUAACAUGUUUAACUGCCCAUGGCGGUCCUCUCACAGGGCCAGUGACAACUGUAGCUGAUCUAGCAUGAGCAUGUGCUACAGCUGUAGCUUGGUCAGUUUGUGCCCUAGGCAGCCGUCAGACUGGCAUUCCCUCAACCUGAAGUUGAAGACCAAAGUAAAAAAGAAUCCCUCUCAAGUUGAAGAUAAAAAAAAAUCUCUCUCAAAAAUUGUCUUCAUAACUGCAGAGCUUUGGCAAAGAGUUUAUGUUAAUUUCUUCUUGCUGCAGUUACUAACAUCUAAAGACCUCCUUUUAAACAGCACCGGUGUCAGUGGCUGUUUGAAUAAAUACCAGUAUGACACUUGCACCUGAUUGGCAACUCUUAUGAGGUGCUGAUUGCAUCCAGGGGUACUGCCUCCUGCACUCCACACUAGCUACAGUACUGGCUUUUGCUCAGAGUUCUGAAGUGUACACUCCUCACUUAAGAAGCUGAGGAGGGAGUUCCCCCUCAGUUUCCAAACUCCAUGUCUAUAUACUGAAAUGCUGUUUUAUUUUUUAAAACACUUCUGUUGCACAGUAUUCCCACCUUCAACAUAUGUCUUGUAAGAACUUUCAUGGUAUCUCUGUAUUACAGAAGUGUUAAAAUGAACUCCUUCAGUAAGAAUCACAGGAAAAAAAACAAGCAAAUAAAAGAAAUGUGCACUCAUUUUUGAAAAUAUUAUUUAAUGUACAGAUCAUUUUUGUGUAACUUGGGAAACAAAUAAAAGUGUGCCUGUUUUUCUACUUUGAA